AUGGCCCCGUACGGCGCUGGCCAGCCGGCCUCCGGGGCCUCCGACUCAAGUCCUGCCGCCUCGAUUAACAAUGCUGCGCAAGGUUCUGCGCAACAGACUCCUGGGCAAUCGGGUGGAAACGCUGCGCAGAACUCCCAGCACAAGCGUGUUUACCAGGCUUGCAUUCCCUGCCGCCGGCGCAAAGUUCGAUGCGAUCUUGGCAGUGUCGACAAUCCCCACGAUCCUCCUUGUGUGCGCUGUCGCCGAGAGAGCAAAGAGUGUUUUUUCAGUGCUACUCGUCGCAAGCGCAAGACAGAUGAUGAUGGAAGCGACCAGGAUGAGUACAUCAUCAGAAAUGGCCGUAAAAGGCUUAACGUCAACGGAAGUCCUCCGCCGCUCAUCGAACGUCGAUCUUACAGCAAUGCACCCUUGACUCCCGGAGGUUCGCAUGGCCAAGCUCAACCGUUGCGCCGUCCUGAUGGCAGUAGAAUAGGUCGCGGAAGGAAUAGCGAAUGGGGCGGUGACGGCGAUGCCAAUCAGACAUUGGAAAAUAUUGAAGCUCAAACCGUCAUGCGGCGCGGUGUGUUUGGUCCGCAGGAUGCCCUGGAUCUGCUCUAUAAGGCAGCUACAGAUAGUCCUGCCGUCGAACGCGAGCGCAGAGAGAGUACUUCUUCGGCUCGUCCAACGGCCCCCAGGCCCCCACCCGAAGAUACUGGCCCUUAUGGCUAUGUUCCCAGAUCGAACUCCAGACCGCCUAAAACAGAGCAACCCAUCGAUCCCGAGCUCUCACGUCCCGAACUCAGUUCCCAGCCUGGAUAUGCGGAAGCUAUCAAGGCAUGGCAGCGCUUUCGAUUUGUCCGCGCUGGCUGGUUUACCGCCCUCGAGGCUAUCGAGUACAUCGACUACUACUACAAAUACCUUUCUCCAUUGACACCUAUAUCACCGCCAACUUUCAGCAACCCCGCGUCGCAUGUCACUCUGCUGUAUGAGGAGCCUAUCUUGACUGUCACUCUUUUGACGAUCGCCUCGCGAUACCGUCAAAUGCCUGGUACUGGCGGGCAUUGUCGGUCUCAUGCGAUUCAUGAGCAGCUAUGGAUGUAUCUGCGCGGCAUGAUCGAGCGAUGUCUAUGGGGACAAGAGGCUUUCGGCGGUGGUUUCUGUGUCCCUCCUAGCACCAGUGCCAUUUUCGAUGAGUCUCAAACGAGCAGCACAGCGCCCUGGCGUGGAUUGCGCAAGGGCAGUUUACGAACUCUAGGAACUAUCGAAUCACUGAUGAUCCUGACCGAGUGGCACCCUCGUGCGCUGCAUUUCCCACCUACCGAGGCAACUGACGAAUUGGUUUUGCCUAUGGAAGCCGCCUUCCAGGCUAUUACUGCUGCUGACGAGGACCCCAGCAAGACUUUGGGACCUGGCUUCGGCGGUAAAAGGAUUGAGAGCUGGCUCGAGCCAGCUUGGAGAAGUGACCGUAUGUGUUGGAUGCUUCUCAGUACUGCAAAUGGUCUCGCAUACGAACUGGGUGUUUUCGAUGACAUUGAUGAGCUCCUUCGCGACGACGCCAUCACUCGACCCGAAUACCAGGAGGAAUCGUACCGCCAACGAGCUUUCCGAAUCAAGCGUCUACUGCUCAUCUAUACUACACAACUAGCUGGCCGUCUUGGUUGGACCAACAUGGCUCCUGCUCACCUCCGAAGAAGUGAUCCUGCCCUCGCUCGAUUCCGACCUAAUUCAGUUGACGGGACUACACCAGGAACAAACCCCUCUUCGGUGGGCAACCACUUCAACUAUGUGCCUGAUCUGGAAUUGGAUGAUCAAAUUAUUCACUGCUGGGCCGGCAUCAGCAAUGCUAUGGAGAUGGGUAACGAGAAGAUCUUCCGCUCCCGAAAGCACACAACACAGAUUAUUCAGAACGGCAAAUACAUCAGCAUUCUCAAGGAAUUCGAGCCUAUCUUGCGCGAUUGGUGGAGGGAGUUCGAGUUGUUCCGUCUUCCUGAGUUCAUCAGGCAUAUUUUGACGAUCGAGUAUCAAUACGUGCGCAUCUACAUCAACUCGCUUUCGCUCCAAGCGGUCGUCGAGCGAUGUACCAACCAAGCUCAACAAGGAGCAGCGGCUCAUUCUGGACAUAACGGAGCGGCAGCUGUUAACGGAGGACACCCUCAAUUAUCGCCGCAGACAAUGAUCAACUAUGGGAAGCUUCCCCUUGGUCAACUCGGAGGCUUCACUGCACACGAUCAGGAAUACAUCCGCGAGGUGGUGGAAGGAAGCCGAAAUCUACUCCGCACAGUAGUCGAGGGUUUGCUGCCAGGUGAUUACCUGAAACAUGCUCCUGUCCGGACAUAUUUCCGCAUUAUCAGUGGUGCUAUGUUUCUGCUCAAGACUUUCGCCCUCGGCGCUCCACGAUCAGACGUGCGGAUGAGCAUUGAGCUGAUGGAUGCUACUGUUGAAGCACUUCGAAACUGUGUCGUUGAUGAUGUUCACCUGGGAAUUCGCUUUGCAGACCUUCUCGAGUCUCUCACGAGCCGCCUCCGCAACCGUUUCAUCCAGGCUCCUACUAUGCAACAAGCUUCAGGCCGAGGACAAAGCCCUGCACCAGAUGGACAGGUGCACGGUGGUGAAAACGCUGCUCCUAACGGAGAAGGAGACCCUAACUGGGUUGGAGGCCACGCGCAAAGACUUCGAGACGGUCUGAAUGGGAAUGCACCAGCUCAAGCCGCAACCCAUGAGGCUAACAACAUCUCAGCGACGCCUUUCGACCUUUCGGCACAGAACUUCCCCUAUCCUGGACAGGGUCCCAUGGGUCCAUCAACACCCACUGUCGUCGAUAACGCCGUCGCCAAUAUGGAUGUUAGUCUAUUCGAAGACUGGAACCACCAGGGCAACGAAAUGUGGUAUCUACCUCCCGGACCGGCCUUCUUCCAGAACGUUGAGAAUCCCUCCGUUGCCAUGGGUCCUGAAGGGGUCAACGUGGGUGGUCUCGAUCUCCUCGAGUAUAUGGCCAUGGAUCCCUCCCAGUUCCCUGGUUUAGAUCCUUCUUCUGGACCCCCGACAAGUCAUGCAUAG